AUGGAUCAAAAUAAUACCAUAAGUAUGAAAUUCUGUCGUGAAGAAAGUCGUAUUUGCCCAGAUUGUAAUCGUAUAAGAGUCUCUUAUGGAUGGUGUAAAUUUUGCGAAACAGAAUAUAUGCGCUUAGCUUUCACGAAUUGGAAAAAAUGUAUUGGUCGAGGAGGAUUUAGUAGUGUGUAUAAAGGAUAUUGGAUGGACGGGCCUCGCUGGGUCUGGGAUGAAAAAGAAGAUUCUUGGAUACGAAGUGGGCCCACUAAAGUAGCACUUAAAAGGCUUGACAAUUCACAAAACUUUUCCAUGACAUUUUUAAAACAGCUUGAAGUAUAUCAUAACUGUCUUCAAAAUGGAUCAAUGGCAGACUGCUUUGGAAUAACAAGAGAUGAAACAGGAUGUUUUAUGUUUGUUAUGCGAUAUUAUGAAAAUGGAAAUCUUUAUGAAUACAUAGAUAAUAACAAAGGAAUUAUCAGCUGGAGAGAUAUAGCAGAUAUUCUUUGGGGAAUCGCUAGUGGCCUCGAAAAAAAUCAUUUAGAAGGCCUCUGCCACACAAAUUUACAUGGAGGAAAUCUCCUAAUUGAAGAUGAAGCAGUGUCAACAGAUGCAAAAAUAUCAGAUAUUGGACUUCACGGACCAGCAGACAAAUCAAUUCCUCAAGAUGUAAUAAUAGGUGUUUUACCUUUUAUCGACCCACAG